AUGGACAGAGAAUACCGUAUUCAAAAACCAACUCACCUGAUUAUUAACUUCUCGGAUAAUGUUCAUGCACAGGAUCAUUCUCCGGCGCUCAGUCAAAAGAUCAAAGUGCCUCAGAAGCAGUACAGUUCACAAGAAGAUCCGUUGAGAAGAAUGGCAACACCUGUUUUCGAUAAGCACGAACAAGAAAGCCGUAAGAAAGGUCCCUCAUCAGCUGCAACUGUUCUCGCCCUCUCCGGUCUUUUCGUCGUCGGCACCACCCUUAUUCUCAGCGGGAUUAUCGUUUUGAUCGUACAACAAGAGCCUGUAUUCGUCGUGACUGGAUGCCUCUUCCUCGGUGUUGGCGUUGCAAUGCUCCUCGUUUGCGUGGCUCUUCAACGAAAGAAUCUUGUGAAAUUUGUUUUGGACAUAAAUCGAGAUUUAUAUUUCCUGAAUAUGAGCAAAUCAUACAUGUUCAAAGCGAUGUUUGAAAUCAAUUCGGAACUCCCAUUGUCUCAUGCGGACUGA